ACCACCUUCCUUUCUAAAAUAAAAUCUCUCUGGCAUGAAGUCACCGCCUAUUUCACAUCCGGUUUGCGCUGGGACGUAUUACUACUGUCUUGGUACAGAGAAAUCUUUUGUUGUAUAGCUGCAGAUUGGAUAUUGGGAAGCAAAUUUGGGUAUGAAAUCUCCAGUGCAGGAGCACGCAGAGUCCAUGAUGGCUCAGACCGAGUGAGUGAGCGCGGCGCGAGGACGCCCUCCGCCCGGCGCGCCCGCGCUCGCACACUCGCGCAGCUCCAGCUCACCGCGAUCCUCUCUCCCACACUUUUCUCCCCGGUCUGGAGCGAUCCGGUGCCCAGAGGGGGCCCCGAGUUGCACAAGCCCGUGAUGAAGAAAAGUUGGGGUCUCUCUGACUGUCUCUGGGCCUGGACCCUCGUUCUCAGCACUCUGUCAGGAAGAAGCUAUGGACAGCCUUCCCAAGAUGAACUUAAAGACAACACCACUGUCUUCACGAGGAUUUUGGAUCGACUCCUGGACGGUUAUGACAAUCGUUUGAGACCAGGAUUGGGAGAGCGUGUAACUGAAGUGAAGACUGACAUCUUCGUCACCAGUUUUGGACCUGUUUCGGACCAUGAUAUGGAAUAUACAAUAGAUGUGUUUUUCCGUCAAAGCUGGAAGGAUGAAAGAUUAAAAUUCAAAGGGCCCAUGACAGUUCUUCGGUUAAACAACCUCAUGGCCAGUAAAAUCUGGACUCCCGAUACCUUUUUCCACAAUGGAAAGAAGUCUGUGGCCCACAACAUGACCAUGCCUAACAAACUCCUGCGAAUCACAGAGGAUGGCACGCUGCUGUACACCAUGAGGCUGACGGUGAGAGCUGAAUGCCCAAUGCACUUGGAAGACUUUCCUAUGGAUGCCCAUGCCUGCCCAUUAAAGUUUGGAAGCUAUGCUUAUACAAGAGCAGAAGUUGUCUAUGAGUGGACCAGAGAGCCAGCUCGCUCAGUAGUUGUGGCAGAAGAUGGGUCACGCUUAAACCAGUAUGACCUUCUUGGACAAACAGUUGACUCUGGAAUUGUUCAGUCCAGUACGGGAGAAUAUGUGGUUAUGACUACUCAUUUCCACUUGAAGAGGAAAAUCGGCUACUUUGUUAUCCAAACUUAUCUGCCAUGCAUAAUGACAGUUAUUCUCUCACAAGUCUCCUUCUGGCUCAACAGAGAGUCAGUACCAGCAAGAACUGUCUUUGGAGUGACAACUGUUCUGACCAUGACAACCUUGAGUAUAAGUGCCAGAAAUUCCCUCCCGAAGGUGGCCUAUGCAACAGCUAUGGACUGGUUUAUUGCAGUGUGCUAUGCCUUUGUUUUCUCAGCUCUGAUUGAAUUUGCCACAGUGAACUAUUUCACCAAGAGAGGCUAUGCAUGGGAUGGCAAAAGCGUGGUUCCAGAAAAGCCAAAGAAAGUGAAGGAUCCUCUCAUUAAGAAAAACAACACAUAUGCUCCGACAGCCACCAGCUACACCCCUAACUUGGCCAGGGGUGAUCCUGGCUUGGCAACUAUUGCUAAAAGUGCGACCAUAGAACCAAAAGAAGUCAAGCCUGAGACAAAACCACCAGAACCCAAGAAAACUUUUAACAGCGUCAGCAAAAUCGACCGACUGUCAAGAAUAGCCUUCCCCCUGCUAUUUGGCAUCUUCAACCUAGUCUAUUGGGCAACGUAUUUAAACAGAGAGCCUCAGCUAAAAGCCCCCACACCACAUCAAUAGGUUCCUUUAGUCGCAUUCUGUUGUUCAGUCCUCUGCACCGAGGAUCGCUUUCUGUUCUCAACGCAGUGAUUCCUAUCUGCUUUACUGCCUCUGUCUUAAAGAAUCUGAAGGUUUCCUUAUUUCCAUAUUUUAUACAAGAACAAGAGACCCCUGUCUGACAGUCCAGAGCAGACAGAGUACUCAGCGUCGAGACAGGAUUCUGAGAGGAAGUCAGGGAGCAAAAUCAUGUCAGAAGGUGACAGACGUGAGAGGAAGGGGGAGGGGAAGGAGGUCCCAAGAUAGGACGAAGAGUAGAAGAAAAACAGAGCUUAACUAUAACCACAGAGUCAUUUGUAGAUAUAUAUUUCCAAAUAUUCUCAAAAAAUAUAUAUGUCAAAAUAUUUUUGUGUGAAGGUGUUUAAAAAACGACAAACGACAAAUGUUUAAUGAACUUUAAAUUCAUGUCGUUAUUGCACAAAUAAUGGUGUGCUUAUGUUUUUACUUGUUUCAUGGUUUAAGCCGAUAUAUAGAUUUAAUGUUUUGUUUGUCAACUUGAAAAUCCCCUAGGCUUUCUCUUUUUCGAUCUCACUACGUAAUAUUUUGCUGUUCAACGCUCUUUUCGAAUUUAUGGAAGUCUGACAGGGUAAGAUGCGGCUGUCAAAGUAGCACUCUGAAUCUGAUGGAAAGAAACCCUUUUAACCGGCUACAUUGUCGUCAUCGGAGCUUUUGCCAGUAGACUAUGGAGAUCAGCAAGCCUAACACAGAAGUUUACUUGGUAGAAGAGGAAAUAAAUAAAUUAAUUGAAUAAUUUAGAAAACUAUCCUCCCUUUUCACUCUUAUUCCCAUAUAGCCCAUUCAUCCAAGAAUCACUCUAUUCUUAUGAUGAAGAUUUUUUUCAGAAGGGCAAAACUAUUUUGCAAGCUCUAGAAUUGUUGAAUGUAUUCUUUUAUAUAACUACAUCAAAAGCUUUAGAUUGAAAUUUAUGACUAGCAAACAAAAAAUAGAAUAUAUAAAUUAUAUAUGUAAAUAUUCAGCAUGAGAUUGUACAUUUAAACAUUUUUUAAAAGUUAUGUUCUUAAAAUAUCAUUGAGGAAUCUCCACUUUUAGCUGUUAGAAUGUUGUUAAAUGCUAUGGAAAUACAUUUAGAGCCUGCAUUUAAGAACAGAACAGCCUGUAGGAGACAGAUGCCACUUAAAACAUAUUGAGUAUGAAAUCCAACUAUAUAGAGAACGCUCAUAAUUUCACUGUUGCCCGGUGUUCAAUAGAAGAUCAGUUGCUACCUGCUCGAGUUCUAUCAUACCAUAUUUUCCCUACUUUAGGCUAUUGUGAUAAAGAGAAAAAAAAUAGGGAACAGUAGUUGGAGCUAGAAGACCAAUUGUAUAUUAUUUCUUUAUUUGCUGAUACCAACUAUUUCAAUAAGUGCUCUACCAUAUGUAGCAUCCAAUAUAAAAUACAUGAAAGAAUGUACAGGAACUAGCUUUUAUUGAGUAAUAUUAUUACAUUUCAUUUAUACUGCAGCAAUAUAUUUGUAGGUAUACUAUGUAAGGGCUUUAAAUAAAAGAGGUCCAUUAAUAUUCCUUAUAAAAAAAUUCUAGCCUUUCAUUACUGCCCAGAUGUUUUAGAAGUAAAUAUUUAUGAAGAAGGUAUUUUUGAAGUCUCCUUUUGUCUGAUAGAUUUUCACAGAUAUUUAACUCUAGUGUUCAGAAUCCACAGAUCAUGGUCUAAUCACAUUUAUAAGACCAUGACAUAAACCUUUUAGCAUAAUUGCCAAAUAAGACAAUUAGAAUGCAUACCUGAGUUUUGAGUGAUGUUUUUUUUUCAACAAGCUGCUAUCCAAUGAUUUUGGAAAACACACUGCUUGUGUUUCCCUAAAGAUGACAAAUCUCUGGUUUCAUUUUAAAUGUGCUUCAUUGUUCGAUUUGGUCCUGCCUAAAUUUCAUGAGCUAUGCCAAAAAUGGCUGAACCAAGGACAUUUUGUGUAUAGAUAUGUAUAGAAAAUAAAAUAAAUUAUGGCUCUAA